AUGAUUAAUAAAAUCGAAGUUGAGGCUUUGAAAAGUAGGUUGGGGUUUUCUAAUGCAUUCGGUGUUGCUAGUGUUGGUCGUGCUGGUGGCUUGUGUCUAUACUGGAAAGAGGAAGUUAUGUUUUCUCUUGUUUCCUUUUCUCAACACCAUAUCUGUGGAGAUGUGGAAGACGGAAAUAAAAAAUGGAGGUUUGUAGGUGUUUAUGGGUGGGCGAAGGAGGAAGAAAAACAUCUUACUUGGUCCUUAUUGCGUCAUCUAUGCGAGGAUACUUCUCUACCUAUUCUUUUGGGUGAGGAUUUUAAUGAAAUACUAAGUGCUGCAGAGAAGGAGGGAGGAGCUAAUCGUGUUCGAAGAGAGAUGAUAAAUUUUCGGGACACUCUUGAUACUCUUGCACUUCGGGACUUAGGCUACGUAGGGACUUGGUACACUUGGGAGCGUGGUCGGUCCCCUUCGACCUGCAUCCGAGAGCGUCUGGACCGGUAUUUGUGCUCUAACUCAUGGUUGGACCUUUACCCAGAUUCUGUCCCUGAACACACCAUCCGGUAUAAAUCGGAUCACUCAGCUAUUGUUCUUCGCUCUCAAAGAGCUGGCAGACCUAGGGGUAAAACUCGUAGACUUCAUUUCGAAACUAGCUGGCUUCUUGAUGAUGAAUGCGAAGCUGUGGUUCGCGAGUCGUGGGAGAAUUCUGAGGGUGAGGUUAUGACGGGACGAGUAGCAGAGAAGGCUUUAAGUGUGGCCCAGAAUAAUCCCAUUUCCGAAUCUGCUUGUCAGGAGUGUGUGCUGUUGGAGAAAAAACUUGAUGAGCUGCAUGCUAAACACGAAGCGUAUUGUUCGAUUUUCACUUCAUCGAACCCAUCGGAUUUGAGCUUGGAGGCUGUUAUGUCUGUCAUUGAGCCUGUUGUUACGGAGGAACAUAAUCUGAAGCUCCUUGAACCUUUUUCAAAGGAUGAAAUUCUUGCAGCUCUACAACAAAUGCAUCCUUGUAAAGCGCCUGGUCCCGAUGGUAUGCAUGUUAUUUUUUACCAGCGUUUUUGGCAUAUUGUUGGUGAUGAUGUCACAAGUUUUAUUAGUAAUAUUUUACAUGGUCAUUCCUCCCCUAGCUGUGUCAAUAAUACUAAUAUUGCUUUGAUCCCUAAAGUUAAAAAUCCAACUAAAGCUGCAGAGUUUCGCCCCAUUGCCCUCUGUAAUGUACUUUAUAAGUUGAUGUCAAAGGCUAUUGUGAUGAGAUUAAAAAGUUUUCUCCCUGAGAUCAUUUCUGAAAAUCAAAGUGCCUUCGUUCCUGGUAGACUCAUUACUGAUAAUGCUCUUAUAGCUAUGGAGGUUUUUCACUCUAUGAAGAACAGAAAUCGAAGCAGAAAAGGCACAAUUGCAAUGAAGCUUGAUAUGAGUAAAGCCUAUGACAGGGUGGAGUGGGGUUUUCUUAGAAAGUUGCUUCUCACAAUGGGUUUUGAUGGGAGAUGGGUGAAUCUGAUUAUGGAAUUUGUCUCUUCUGUUACUUAUUCUUUCAUUAUCAAUGGAAGUGUGUGUGGUUCUGUUGUUCCGGCCCGUGGUCUUCGUCAGGGAGACCCCCUUUCUCCUUAUCUGUUUAUUAUGGUUGCUGAUGCUUUUUCUAAAAUGAUUCAGAGGAAAGUCCAGGAUAAACAGCUCCAUGGUGCUAAAGCGAGUCGUAGUGGUCCAGAAAUCUCUCACCUUUUCUUUGCAGAUGACAGUUUACUCUUCACUAGAGCUAACCGACAGGAAUGCACUAUUAUUGUUGAUAUACUCAACCAGUAUGAGCUUGCAUCCGGGCAGAAAAUUAACUACGAGAAGUCGGAAGUCUCUUACAGUAGAGGAGUCAGUGUCUCUCAGAAGGAUGAGUUGACAAACAUUCUGAACAUGAGGCAAGUUGAUAGGCAUGAGAAGUAUCUUGGUAUCCCCUCUAUCUCUGGAAGAUCAAAGAAAGCUAUUUUUGAUUCUUUGAUUGAUAGAAUUUGGAAGAAACUCCAAGGUUGGAAGGAGAAACUUUUAUCUCGAGCUGGUAAGGAGGUGUUACUGAAAUCUGUUAUUCAGGCUAUUCCCACUUAUCUUAUGGGAGUCUAUAAAUUUCCUGUGUUCAUAAUCCAAAAGAUUCAGUCGGCUAUGGCAAGGUUUUGGUGGGGUAGUUCGGACACUCAAAGGAAAAUUCACUGGAAGAAUUGGGAUUCGAUGUGUAAUUUGAAGUGUUUUGGCGGUAUGGGUUUUAAAGACCUAACAAUUUUCAAUGAUGCAUUGUUAGGGCGACAGGCAUGGAGACUUACCCGAGAGCCACAAUCUCUGCUUGGUCGUGUGAUGAAGGCCAAAUAUUUUCCCAAUUGUGAUUUUUUGAAUGCUCCACUUGGUCAUUCUAGCAGUUAUUCAUGGAGUAGCAUUUGGAGUUCGAAAGCUCUUCUGAAGGAAGGAGUGAUUUGGAGAGUUGGUAAUGGGUCCCAAAUAAAUAUGUGGUCUGAUCCAUGGGUGCUUGAUGAAGGCGGCCGAUUUCUUACUAGUACACCCCAUGCAAGUAUUAGAUGGGUCAGCGAAUUGAUUGACUUUGAUCGUAUGGAAUGGAAGACUUCUUUGCUUGAAAGUUUUUUGAAUGAGAGAGAUUUACGGUGCAUUCUAGCUUCGCCUCUUAGUGCGACUCCGGUUCCAGAUGAAUUGACGUGGGCUUUUACGAAAGAUGCUACCUAUUCGAUGAAGACCGCGUAUAUGAUCGGUAAAGGAGGAAAUCUUGAUAAUUUUCAUCAAGCUUGGGUGGACAUUUGGAGUUUGGAUGUGAGUCCCAAGGUAAGACACUUCCUUUGGCGUCUUUGUACAACCUCCCUUCCUGUCCGUAGUCUUCUCAAGCAUCGUCAUUUGACUGAUGAUGAUUUAUGCCCAUGGGGCUGUGGUGAAAUUGAGACCCAACGCCAUGCGAUCUUUGAUUGUCCGAAAAUGAGGGACCUUUGGCUUGAUAGUGGCUGCCAAAAUUUGUGCAGCAGAGAUGCUUCGAUGUCCAUGUGCGAUCUCCUGGUUAGUUGGCGUUCAUUGGAUGGUAAACUGAGGAUUAAAGGUGCCUACUUAGCCUGGUGUAUAUGGGGUGAGAGGAAUGCUAAGAUUUUUAAUAACAAAACUACUCCCAGCUCUGUUCUUAUGCAGCGUGUCUCACGCUUGGUGGAGGAGAAUGGUUCGCAUGCUCGUCGGAUUUAUCAACCUCUCGUACCUCGUCGCACAGGUAGUCCAAGACAAUGGAUUGCCCCCCCUGCUGAUUCUAUAAAGUUGAAUGUUGAUGCGAGCUUAGCGGUUGACGGCUGGGUUGGUCUAAGUGUAAUAGCUCGACGCUCUGAUGGGGGAGUUCUCUUUGCCGCUGUUCGAAGAGUGAGAGCCUACUGGGCUCCAGAGAUUGCUGAGGCCAAGGCUGUCGAACUGGCAGUUAAGUUGGGGCGGAGGUAUGGGCUGCAACGAGUUAUUUUGGAGUCGGAUUGCCAAGUUGUGAUCAACCGGUUAUCGAAGAAUGCCAUAUUUCUUUCGGAUUUGGAUUUAGUACUUUUUAAUAUCUUAGCUUCUUGCACUUAUUUUUCAUCUGUUGUGUGGUCACAUGUUAAACGUGACGGGAAUUAUGUAGCUCAUCAUUUGGCAAAGCUCAUCCCUUUUGGGGUGGAACAAGUUUGGGAGAACCAUUUUCCUCCGGAAGUGGCUCCCUAUGUGUUGAUGGACAAUUUGUCCUUGGAGUAA